GGACUUUUGCCUCAGAGUUGAGAGGACAGUGUUUUCGGCGGCAUUUUCUGGCUACGUUGGCAGAGUUUUUGUUAACACGUUUUUCGUGGUCAAGGCUGUUGGAAUUUUGAUUUUUCUUCGGCUGGGCUAGAAUUGUUGCGGAGAAAUUUCUGGGUGGUUAAUUCGGAAUAGUGAAGAAGGGAAGAUCUAACAAUGGCGACGGACAAACACGGAAAUGUUACAAAUUUUUCUGCCGAACAUUUUCAAAAGCUGCUUCUUCAACAACAAUCCCAGAUGGAAGCACAAAUGAAACUGAUUGAAAGUGGAACGCAGUGCUUAAACGUACAAUCAAACGGAGCAGCUACACGGGACACGCAGGCUGUUUCACUUGAUCUUCUUACGAAUUCAAUCACUGAAUUUCAUUAUGAUGCUGAUUCCGAAUCCACUUUCGAGGCGUGGUUCAAACGUUGGGAGGAUAUGUUCCAGACGGAUUUCAGCCGUCAAGAUGAUUCAUGGAAAGUGCGCCUUUUGCUCCGCAAGCUGGGAACUAAUGAACAUACAAGAUUCCUUGACCACAUAUUGCCCAAAGAGCCGAAGGACAUCACUUUCAACGAAGCAGUGGCAACACUCAAAGAGAUUUUUGGUGAGUCAACAUCAUUGUUUAGCAUUCGCUAUCAAUGUCUAAAAAUUGUAAAGCGUGCUACAGACGAUUAUGGGGCACUAGCAAACAUGGUUAAGCGCGAAUGUGAACGUUUCAAAUUACGCUGUUUGACGGAUGACCAGUUUAAGUGUCUUAUAUUUGUCAGUGCUUUACACUCUCCACGCGAUGCGGAAAUCCGCACUCGGCUCCUUGCUAAUUUGGAUCAAGAUCCAGAGUUGACAUUGAAGUCUCUUGUAGGCGAAUGCAAACGGUUAAUUACCUUGAAACACGACACGGCUAUGAUUGAGCAGAGUCGCCCCACCAUUGCCUGUACUGUUCAUGCUGUGCAAAAAGCAAGAAAAUCUGGCUCGAAUAAGUCGUUUAACAGAAAGCCGAACAAGCCGCCUACACCUUGUUGGUCAUGUGGUGAAUGGCAUUUCGCACGAUACUGUCCAUUCAAGCGUCAUAUUUGUGAUAAGUGCCAUAAACGCGGCCACAAGGAAGACUUUUGCCAUCAGUCUCGGCCAAGAAAUGUGAAGCAGUCCUACCGAAGGAGGAAUUUCAGAAAACUUGACGCAGAAGCACUAUCGGUGAUUGCUACGUUUCACAGCCAUUCUAGAACACGCCGCCGAUUUAUCACUGUGCUUAUCAACGGAAUCCCAACCCGGCUGCAGUUCGAUACGGCAUCAGAUAUAACGAUCAUUUCCAAGAACACUUGGAAGCACAUAAAGAAGCCGAAAAUGAUUGAUUCCAACAAAAUCGCUCACAAUGCAUCCGGUGGAGUGCUGAAGUUGGUCGGAGAAAUAAAUUGCAAAAUUGCAUUCAACGGAGUGGAAAAGGCCGGAACCUGCUACUUGUCUGAUCGACCAAACUUGAACCUCCUUGGACUUGACUGGAUGGAAAAAUUACAACUGGUUGAUGCUCCAAUGAGUCAGAUUUGCAAUACAGUACAAACCGACCCAGUACAUUCAUCAUUGUCGAUAGAAGAGAUGACCAGAAAGCUAAAGCAGCAGUUUGUCACCUUGUUUGAAGAUGGUCUCGGCCACUGCACUAAGUUCAAAGCAAAGUUGUGUCUUCGUGAAGGAACCAAGCCAGUCUUUAGAGCAAAAAGACCGGUACCGUAUGCAACCAUGACAGCAGUUCAUCAGGAGCUCGACCGACUGGAACGAGCCGGUGUCAUCACACCAGUGAACUACUCUUCAUGGGCUACGCCGAUUGUUGCUGUGAAAAAGCCGAACGGUAAAGUGCGAGUCUGCGCCGAUUUUUCGACCGGCUUGAAUGCCGCAUUGGACGACCAUCAAUACCAUUGGUGACGGACAAUGGAGCACAGUUUACUUCGGCCACAUUCAUGGAAUUCUGCCAACGCUGCGCCAUCAAACACUUGCGGUCUCCACCAUUCCACCCACAAUCGAAUGGCCAAGCAGAGAGGUUUGUGGAUACAUUCAAACGCGCUCUCCUCAAAUCAAGGAGGGAGGGAGACCUAGAGGAGGUGAUCGACCGCUUCCUAUUUCUGUACCGAUCUACACAAAAUCCACAAACGCCGGGUGGAAUAUCACCAGCAAAGGCAAUGAUGAAGAGAAAACUUCGCAUGCCAUAUGAUGCAGUUCGGCCAUCCUCAGAGUCCAUAGCUGGUGAAAGGAACCUAAAGAUGGCACGUGAUUUUAAUCGGCGGUUUGGUGCCAAGCAACGUUCGUUUACACCGGGUCAGCCAGUACUUGUGCGUGAUUAUCGGGGUGGACACGCAAAAUGGACGCCAGGAACGAUCCAGUGCAAGCGCGGAAGCGUCAUUUACGACGUGCUGGUUGGAACGCAGGUAUGGGUACGCCAUGCAAACCAACUGCGAACAACAUGUGCCAGCCACAAGCAAUAGAAUCCGCCAAGCUUCCAUUUAACCUGUUGACAGACAGCUUCAACUUGCCUACAGAGCCAGUAGAAGAACCCUGUCAUCAGACGAAUAAUACCAGACCGCAGAGUACGGAAUACGAAUCCAGAACACUACAGCCAAGGCGAUGCACCGGUAGGCGAAGAAUCCCUUCCAGGAGGCUCCAGGUUAAUCCCCGGCUAGCUUCACACACAACGGCAACAGCUUCAGGAGGGGAGGUAUCCGGGAAUCAGAUAAAAACAUAAAAGAAAAAAGGGAAAGUAUAUAAUGGUGACUGAAAGCUG